GCCAACUGGGUCGACGAAGCAUUGCUGUUUCCGGAAGACUCAAGAGGGACGUUUCUGUAAUUAGAGUGAGACAAACCCUCGUCAAUUGGAACUCUCCUCACCCCACCGCCUUCGCCUUCGCCUUCGCCUUCGCCUUCUUCGCCGCCCCUUUCUCUCGUCGUGUUCCUUCCAGUUGGAACCCGAGGGAUUAGAGGCGAAAGGAAGAGUUCCGAUGGCGGAUCCAGGAAUACACGGUGGAGAUGACGUUGACCACCGCCAGGAUUCCGGUAACAGGCGACUCUACAACCCCUACCAGGACCUCCAGAUCCCUUACCGAACCCUCUACGACCUCCCGACCUCGCCGGAGUUUCUCUUCCAGGAGGAGUCCCUCGCCCAGCGCCGUUCCUGGGGCGAGAAUCUCACCUACUACACAGGAAUUGGCUACCUCUCCGGCUCCGUCGCGGGAGCCUCCCUCGGCCUCCGCCGCGCCCUUCGCUCCGCCGAGCCCGGCGACACGCUCAAGAUCCGGAUCAACCGGAUCCUGAACUCCUGUGGCCAGGAUGGCCGCCGCAUCGGUAACCGGGUCGGCGUCAUCGGCCUCAUGUACGCCGGUCUCGAGAGCGGGAUGGUUGCCGCGAGGGAUACGGACGACUGGGUCAACAGCGUCCUGGCCGGGCUCGGCACCGGAGCCCUCUUUAAGGCCGCCAAUGGGCCUCGAUCGGCGGCCAUCGCCGGUGCCAUUGGCGGCUUGAUGGUCGGCGCUGCUGUAGCUGGGAAACAGGUCUUGAAGAGAUACGUGCCGAUAUAGCAUUUGUGGAACGGCGGGAGGGUAUUAGAAAUUUGUGGCAAUAAGUUUCUUAGCACCAAAUUGAUCGACAUAUUAUAUCUUGUGAAAAUAGCUGCUCGCAUUUGGAUUGACGAGUAGCAUACAUCUGCUUGUUGGAUUUUGAAUAUAAGAAUGGAGAUCCCAUUGGCACUUAUUGCUGUUCAUGGAAGAGAGAGGGGAAGUGGGGAACAAUUUGAUUUUGAUUAGUAGGUUCUCCUUUUGCUUCUGGUACUCCAUACCUUUUGUGAAACUAGUUAGAUUCUUAUCUUGCAAUGGAAUAGUGUUCAUGUUGUAUGUUGUCUUGCUCAACUGUAGAAAAUUAUGUUGCAUUAUGUUGUUGCACUUUAGAAAAUUAUAAAUAAACCCUUUUUAGGUAUCAA